AUGGCACAGAACGAGAGCCUAAACGAGAACCUCGAGAGAUGUUCAAAUGAGCUUACAGACAAUAUCCAGUCGUGGGCUGAGAAGCGACCGGAAACUAUUGAAGCUUUACGAAGCCUGGCUCAAGAGCUUCUGGAACAUGAUAAAAAUGUCCACAUUGCCAAAGUUUCUGGAUCCUCCUUCUCCAUUGCCGGGUUUGUAUUGGUGGCAACUGGUUUUGGCCUUGCUCCUGUUACUUUCGGAACUUCUGCGAUCCUCUCAGCCGUCGGUGGAGCAAUGUGCGCUGCGGGUGGAGCAACUGCUGCUGGUUCAGGCCUCGUCGGAAGUAAAAUUUUCAAAACAAAACUUGCCAAGGCACAGGAAAUUAUUGACACCGAUCGUCAAGCACAGGAGUCCGUUGAAAAACUUUUAAACAAGCUCUAUUUUGAGAUAUCCGCGUUAUCAGUCGGAGGGGCCAUUGACAUUCUCAGUUACAAUAAAAACAUCAUUUUCUUUGUCAAAAACUUAGUGGAUAUAGGCAACUUUGCACAAGCCGCCGGUGGGACUGCAGCUACAACAGUAGCUAGUGAAGGAACUGUAGCACUUCUGAGUUCCAUUGGAAUAGCAAGUAACGUUGCUCGUAUUGGUUUAUUUACAAUUAGUGCAGUAGCUUUGCCUUUUGAUAUUCAUACUUUAGUGACAUCAGCGAUGAAGAUAAAAUCUAAUGGUGAAGAGGAACCAGAGGCAGUAAGGAAGCUUAAAGAACUGGCAGCUGAACUAGAAAGAGAAUUGGACAAGAUACUUGAAGUUUUACGCGAAUUCCACGGCGCAGACAAGAAUCUCUUUGAUCUCUCGGAAGACUCUGGAGAUUCUGACGAGGUCUCGGACGAUAUGAAAGAAACACUGUCUGGCUAG